CGACUGUAAGCGGUACCGGUUCAAACCGUUUUGAGUCACUCGCUUGAACUGGCGUGUGUGAUACAUCAACCGGCUUCUAACUGUUUUUUCGGAUUUUCGUUUGUUAUUAAUAAACAAGUUUCAUUUAUUAUUACAAUAAUAUAUAAGUGAAACACUUUAUUUAACGGUAUUAUUUGUUUUAUAAGUGAUGUGUGGAUAAGAAAUUUAUUGAUUACGUAACGUGUGUGUAUAUUUGUGAUAUAUGUAGUAAUAUUGAUUACUUUUUACUGAUAGUCUAUAGCAAAAACAUUAUUUCGAGUAUUUAAUUAUAUUUUGUUGUUGUAAAAAUAAAUAAAUUAUUGUUUUUAAAGGCAUUAUAUUAUUAAUAAAUGAAAUGCUUUAUUAUUAUUUUUAUUGUUAUUAUUAUUAUUUUAAGUAACAUUGUGAAUAAUAAUAAUGGAUCAAUAAGUGGGAAUAUCAUGAAAUAAAUGUAAAAACAUGUCAUUGUAUAAUUUUUUGGUGGUGUAGUUGAUCUGUUAAAUUAAAACUUAUGAAUAAACCUUUCGAUCAAUGUGAUAUAUUUUGUUUUUAAUAAAAAAAAAAUUGUAGUAUUAAAUAAGAAUAGACAUAUGAUAACGCGGUAAAAUUCGGAGCGACGGUAAACGCAACUUGAAUGCACCUAUAUGACUCUUGUAAACGUGGAUAUAUAUCACCAGCCGGCGGGAUUAUUCGGAGUGAGCAUGUGCACAACCGAAAUGACCGAAGGCUACAGCAUGUCACCAUCAACAGCUUCGUCAAGUGGUGGUACUAAUGCUGGAUGCCUUGGAUCACCAAUUAACAGAAUUACAACAACGUUAACAAGUUCACCAGGUAGAGCACGAGAACCUCGUGAUGAUAAUGAUGACGAGGAUGAAAUAUCUGUUGGUUGUCCGAGUCCAAUGCCCCUGGUGAUGUCCGCCGGGACACCAAUUAAGGAUGAGCAAAAUGAACGACUGACACCUUCUUCUGAGGAACAAAAAUUUAUCAUCGCCAGUGAAAGAUUAUCAUCGCCUAGGAAUAGUUAUAUUGAGGAUGAUGAGAGGUAUUUAAAAAAAGAGGAUGAAUAUAGUGCAACUAAUACAGCACUCGCCAGAAGGAUAUCAUCGUCCUCGAGGCGGACAAGUUUCAAAGAAGAGGACGGUGAUAAUAAUGGGGAGAGACCGGAAAAUCCACCCGCCGAUGACUAUUUUAAACCACUAAAAAAACUUAAAAUGGUCCAGCCUAUUCAACCGUCUGAUGACGAUGAGGAGGAACGAGAUACUAAUGAACACGGUGUUAAAUCUUUCAGUAUUAUUGACAUACUGUCACAUCGGCCAAAAGCUAAAAUAGUAAGACCUUGGGAUUCUACUGAAUCAUCAAAUAAUCACCACAGAAAUCAACAAUUACAAGAACACCAACAACAACAACAACAGCAACAUCACCAUCAACAGCCACAACAUCUUCAUCACCAUCAUCAUCAUCAUCAUGCAUUGGCUCAUUCUUCACCUAGAGAUUUAUCGCUGAUGACCAUGUCCCUUGCUUCCAUGUCGAGUUCAAUGAGUGAACCGCCAUUAAGUAGUUCAUCCUCAUCGGGAAGAAGUUCUGUUUCUGAUUCAGGCAGUCCUGAUCCCCAUGCUCAUCAUCAUCAUCACCAUCAUCAUCACCAGCACCAGCAUCAUUCGUCGAUGCACCAUGGUCUACAUCAUCCCGGCAUUCAUCAUCCUGGAAUGCAGCAUCAGCUCAAAAGGAAAUCCAGUCAUCAACAGCAGCAACAUCAACAACCCAGUCAGAGUGGACAUCAUGGAAAACGUAAUACUGGUCAGGGUAGUCCACUGGAUGCGCUCUUCCAAAUGACAAGCAAAACUUUUGACGCGGGUGAACAUAGCCAAGAGCAAGCAAAUCAUUUGAAUCUGUUCAAUAAUCGUCAGCAGCCGAAAAAGAAACGUAAAAGUCGGACUGCCUUUACAAAUCAACAGAUAUUUGAACUGGAAAAACGUUUUCUCUAUCAAAAGUACUUGAGUCCGGCGGAUCGAGAUGAGAUUGCAGCUCAAUUGGGUUUAAGCAACGCACAGGUGAUAACGUGGUUCCAAAACAGAAGAGCAAAGCUCAAAAGAGAUUUAGAAGAAUUAAAAAAAGAUGUACAAACGGUUAAUCCUCUUCUUGUGGCUCAACAUAAAACUUUUCUCGAGAAUGCACAAGACCUUGGAAUUUUAAAGAAGAGACCAUUACCUAGUUCCAUGGACGAUAAGUCAUAGAAAUAUAUAUAUAUAUAUUUCCAAUGAGAUACUUAAUCUUACUAUUGUGUAUGACAGACACGGUGAUUUUUUUUUUUUCCUUCUUUCCGAUAAAUCAUAUUAUCGUUGUAUAUUCAAUUGCGCGCGUUGAUAACGAACAAAAUAAUCAUAUUCCCUUUAACGAGAACAAAGUCUAUAAUAAUUUUAUUAUGUAUAUUUAAAAUAGUCACGUUAACUCUUUCUCUCUCUUUUUUUUCUCAACAUGUGACUCUCUUUUUUUUUUUUUUUUUAAUCAAC